AUGCAUAAGUUAUUUGAAAUCUCGGGAGACACGUCGGACUUUGCGUACGAAGCAACCGUUGAAGCGAUGAAAGAUUCAAGCUUUGCGGGGCCAGUGACGUGGCGUAUGUUUUGGGUUUGGGUGAGCACGGAGGCUGCGAGGUCGUUGAAAGCCCUCGAACUUCAGGAACCCGAACACGGUGGUGGUGAAAGAAAGAGGGAUAAAGUAAUUUGGAAAGUUCGAGGUGCAAAGCAGAAGCAGUAUCAAAAACACCACCCAGACGAAAAGAGUGUCAUUACCAGGCCGAUGGGAGUGAAUAUGAAAGACAUGGAGAAUACUAUUCAUGCUCGCGCUGCCUUUGCUCCGGUUCUUCCCGGUAAAGACGACAAUCUUGAUGAUGUUAAGGUGACAGUCGAGACUCUCGUACAGAGCCGCCAUCUGACGGCGAGGCAGGCGUUUUCAAUUCACUUGCAGCUUGAAUCAAAUGACCCUGUGGAGCAGGUAUUUGCCCGGGAAGUCAUUGCAGCACUUCAGUCAGAACUUGGUAACCGAGAGAUAGAGUUUGACAGCCAUGAAGAGCUCUUUCCUGUCGCAAAGACUAAUGUCAAGAUCGAGAAAGAGCAGACCGCAGACUGCCCAACAUUGAUCUCAGUCAACGCGAAUGACAAGCUGAUCGUGCUGUCGCAGUCAGCAGCUUUGGUUGCGCUACUUCCGCUUGCCUCUUCCUCUUGUGAGCAGAAAAAAAGGGGAUCGAAGUUGCCUCAGGUUGAUCCACGGCUAGAUGUCUUGUGCUCUUUGAUGUCCGCCGAUGGACUAACACGUUUUCUCAAGGAGCAGUACAUUGUCUUAGAGGAUGAGGCAAUGGUUCGUCACGAUGACUUGCACUGCCUAGCACUUGCGUCGGCGGUGCUACCAGCUUAA